AUGCUUAAUUAUGAAUUCGCUCACCGCCAUUUUAUCAAUCGAUUCCUUUUAUUCGUUUGUCAUGGGAGAAUAUUUCGAAGGCGUUAAUUAUGAAUUCACUUACCGCCAUUUUAUCAAUCGAUUCCUUUUAUUCGUUUAAAUGUCAUGGGAGAAUAUUUCGAAGGCGCCGGUCAUAAGCUCCCAGUGUAGAACAAGUAAGAAAGCUUUCUUCCGCGGUAUUUUGUUGAUAUUUGUUUGUUUCAUCCGAGAACCUGGUGCGCACUUAUAAGAUAUGGGAACCCCGUAAUAGCUCCAAGCAAUGGUGAUAUGAGCAACCGUUACUAUAGGUACGCGAAGACUUUAAUUGUCGGUAAAGAGUUUUGUAUUACUGUGACCCUGCCGAGGUAGGCUCCGCGCUAGGCUGAUAGCGCGCGGUCACAACAUCGGCAUACGGUACAUGCCACUCCCCGACCGCGAGCCUUUCUCACGCUUAUCGGGGGGAACAUCUGUAUCAACAUGCUUCGCAUAGCAAGUGCAUAGCUUUCUCUCAAACAUAAUAUUGGGAAUUUUCCUUUGCUAAUAUCACUAUCUCUACACGGAAGUUCUCACGAUCGCGCAACGCAUUCGCGAGAAUAUUCUCAAGGGUUGGGAUCGGAUUAUAUAAGAACCUCCCGGUCCCGCCAUCGGCACAUUAUACCUUUGGCUCUAUCCUGGAACGGCAAUAAGUAUAUAGUUUGCGUCGUCGACUCCAACCACGACCCGUCGCCUCCAGCCGCCUCUUUGUCUAAUUCAUCAUUCCUCCGGGCAUCUCCUUCGGCCUCCCUCGAACAGCUGUCUCUCAGUGCGCCAACGUCAGGACGUCAGGAAUCGUCUCCUCCUUCGCCGCUGCAGUCAUCGGACCUUCCAUCUACAUCGAGGUCAACUACUUUCUCCACCUACCGAACUGCCUCAUCAGGGCGGCAAACAUCUUCGACGUCCACACCAUCGACGUCCUCCCUCCGAAGAAAGUCAGAGCGCCCGCACCAGCACCAGCCGCGGGACCAGCACCAGCACCAGCUGCGGCACCAGCACCAGCACCAGCACCACUCUCUCGUUCGUCCGUAUUACAGGGCAUACAGCCCGAUCCUGCGCAGUCUCCACGCUUUGAGGAAACUCCUCAAGGAUACGACAACGAAUUCACACUUCAGCACCCUUGAGGCAACUACAUCGCUCCCCGACAAGACUGGCCGGAGCUGA